AUGACCACCUUCAUCGUCGCCUUCUCUGCAGUGUUUGGAACUGCAGAGGCUAUCCGCCAUACGCAGUCCCGCGCACGAAGAGAUGAACACCGCAGCCGGAAGAACAAUCUCAUUGUCCACUGUCCCAAGUCUUCAGCGCACAGCCGUAUUCUAGAAGGUAGAAGGAUCGUUCUGUCUGGGGAAAAGCUCUAUAUCGAUACUGGGCUGGCCCACGACGUACCAUUUGGUUACCCAUUUGCCGGCUAUUUCCUGGCCUUCCCCGAGACCAAAUACUCUGGCCUGGUCUCCCAAAUCUGCGACGAGCCUCCAAUCAUGAACUGGGUCUAUGUGGAUAGAGACACCUACGAGGUCAAAUUCGGCACACGGCCUUAUGCAGAACCUAAUUAUACGGGUCCCUAUGACUGUACGCGACAAGAUCGACGCCUGACCUUUGGUGGCUGGGAAGGAUUCUUGGCAGUCAAAGAGGGAGACUUUUGGGCAUUGUAUUUCGACCUCGAGCAAGACGGCCUCAAAUCAAAGUUGCAGGAAGAAGGGACCCCGGUCUUGGAGGUGGAACUGCUGAGGACCGAGAUGCGGGUACAACCGCCAAAGCUGAGCGAGGAGCCGGACAAAGGGCAGCAAGCCGAUGCUGCUACUGCCCAGGAAGAUGCGCACGACAAGCACCCCAGGGCCCAGACAGGGUCGUCGGAGGAGAACACUAGUGCUGAGGAACACGACGCUGUUCUAGAGUCCCCUGAUGUAGAUUAG